AUGGAGCCGGCAGGCUCCCAAGGCGCUACCGGAUAUGGCACCGUUUCAAAUCAUGGGGUGACCCUCGGAAACAUGGCGGGGGUCCGCCAUGAAAUCAUCGGAACACAGACAGUUCACAUGCAUCCGAAUGUUAUUCCCGACGGUUCUCUUUCUUCACUGAUAGCAGGGCUAUGUAAGCUCGUGUAUGAAGGUCAAAACGAUGAUACUGCUUCUAUAUCGUCGCGAAUGACAACCUAUGAUAAUGAUGACAAGAAGGUGUGGCGCGAAUUUCGCAGAGAACUCAAGGAACUAGGAUUUCGCAGCGCCGAUAUUCAGAGACACUCUGCAGCGCUAAAGGAGCAUUUGCUCAAAUUGAAGGCCGAGAUAGAGAAUGAAUCAACCACGCAAAGGGAAGAGGAGUUUCUGACGGACGCUGAACCAACUCCUAUGGACAUAUCUCUGGAGGAAACCAACCCGCCUCAAAAGUCAUUUAAUACCAACGAGGGUAAUGAUUGGGAAGCUCGUUUCGUGAAGUCUGAAGGUUUUGCUCGACAGAAGCGAAGUGCCGAUGACGAGGAUUUAUGGAGCUCAGCCGCGACUCGUGGUGCCGCUUAUGAUUCAUCUAGGUCAAAGCCCGCGCGAAAUGCAUGGCAAUACUCUGAAAGAGAAGGCCGAAGACCUAAUAUUACCGUCAACAAGCCAGGUGAUCCACAAACCACCGCCAAACAAUAUUUUCGAUCAUCAAGACCUCAGCCAACCCGACCCGAUACACGAAGACCUCCCCACAAUCAGUCAUCAAGAGAAUUUCCCAGGCCCGGGGACAGAACUGAUUAUAACUAUACAACUACGCCCUAUCCGUACACUUAUACUCCGCCUGAUUAUCAACCCACCUUUUACCCUCCACCACCACCGCCACCACUGGACCCGUCUUCGAUGCCCCGACCUGCUUUUCCGAAACCCUGGUCUCCCCCUGGAUACGAUCCAAGAGCCGAGUACCACCAGGGAACACAGAACUUUGGUUACUAUCCGAAUCCGAUUCAAGAGAGCUUUAUGCACAGCAAUGCCUUCCCUAAUAUGAGUUCAAAUCCAAAUUCCUUCCCAAAUGGUCCCGACAAUUUUGGGGAAAGAACGACAUCUGCAUUCCCGGAUCCUCAAUCCCAUCAGUGGGGACAGCCUCCUCCCCCGCCUUCUCCAAAGAAGGACAAUCGACCGAGGAACCGAGAGCCAGGCACCUCAAAGAGCCAAAAGCCCACAGAACGGCAUUCUCGUUUUUCUGUCUGGGUAGGGCGGCUCGUAGAAGAGCGGCUUGUGGAUGCACACACUCCGUCCACUACCAACCGAGCCGAUCAGAAAACGAAGAUAAUAGAUCUUAUACCAUACGGCGGGCUACUACCAGAUGAGAAGUUGAUGGAAGGGAAGCAGGUUCGCGUGACUCUCGAUGAAGAUCUGAGACGGAUUGAAUCGGUUCGACUCUGCGAAGAAAAUGAUAAAGAUCAUCAGAACCAAGGAUCGCGAAAGGCGAGGGAAGCAUUAAAAAGCCAGAAUUCACAUCGACCACCUAGGAUUUCCAGUCCCCCAAGCAAGCGGAUGAUUGGCUGGAGUCCACACGCGGGACUCUUGCUCGAUGUUGACGCCAAGUCACUCUGCGCUGUCCCAGAGGGAUGGGACUGGCGGUUUGAAAAUGGCAGGGUAUUCUACAUCGAUACGUACGCCAAAUCGGGAGAAAAGCGAUGUUUCUGGCUUCCACCCAAAGAGGAAGACGAUUCUGUCUGGGAGCUUCCCCAUUGGGAAAAGGUUUCGAACAUAUUCGGUCGUAUCUCCUGGGUUCAUCGAGAUUCUGGUUUGAGGUCAUACCGGUUCCCUGGCACCUGCAAAGAUUUCAAGUACACGGUCAAUGGUGACCUCUACAUUGAGCAAGAUGGUGUUAAAUAUCGCAGCAGUGACUGGGGGUUUAGUCGACUGCAACUAAAUGAUUUGGGCGUUGCUUGUCAAAUCACACAUGAAGUAUGGAACAAUGGACUAUCAAACGAAGCUGCUGCAGUGCGAGGCGACCUGUGGUGGGGAAACGAAAGAGUUCGGCAACGACAUUUGAAGUUAUCCAAAAACAAGCGCUCUAGGCCUCUAAUCGCCGAGACGAAUACAGCCCCUGAAGCCGCGGAGCCAAUAGAUAUAGAGAUGGACUCUGAUGGAACGAACCCAACUGCUCAAGAUGAUGAGAUGCAGUCUGGUGAGCCGCCACAAAGACUCGAAGAGGACGACGGUUCAGAAGACGGAGCAAACAUGUCUGGUGACAUGGAUACGCCCACUGGAUCACUUGUUUCCGAUGCUUAUACGAAAGCUGAUCAUCCAACGCAUAAUGGAAACCUGCCCUCGAACUACAGAAAGGCAACAGUCGAGGAUGUUCCUGAAGAAUAUGCUUCUACUGCAGAAAGUGACUAUAAUUGGAAUGAUUUCUAG